UUUUUUUUAAUGUCACAAGUAGCAUAUGUUUCAAACAAGCUAAUCGAUCACAAAUUAUAGAUCCCGUUACUUAGUCUUCUGUGCAGCUUUUUCACACGGCUUUGUCAUCAUUUACUAGGUCAACUAGUGCAUCACUUGUGCGAAUAUCAACUCAUAAUAAGCGAAGUGAUGGAAUCGUCACUCAUAAGGAAAUAUUUAUAGAAAAAUUAUAUAAGAACGUUGAAUGGUGUCCAUCUCUGAUGAAUAUCACAUGACCAUUCUGGUUACCCCUGACUGCAAUCCCCGACCCGAGCAAACAUAUAUGUACAUAUAUAUCGCGGUACGUUCGAAGCAUGCGUUACGAUGACAUGAUAUCUAUUUUAUAUUGUUUGAAUAUCGUUGAGUCCCAGUUUAUAACUCAUAAGUAGCUUUAAAAUCUAUACUUAAAGCAGUAUAAGUCGACUGUCAAAAAACGGGCCCGGAAAAGCCUUAAUACUUCAGAUAACAAUACUGUUAUAACCUAUUCCCCUUGCUCUGCUACUCUUUUUGAUGCUGAUAAUGUUGGGGGUGGUCUUACACCACGCCUGCUGUUAGAUGACUCUGUCUCUAAUUUAAUAAUGAGUUCCACCUCAAGAUCAAAAAGUAUCGAUAGUAGUAAGAGUGAAUUAGACUAUUUUUAAGCAACUACACGACAUGCGUUCCAAAGUUGAGUCACUUGCUAGCUCUUUAUCAAAGCAUGAUGAGCUGAGACAAGAAAUAAAGACACUAACACACCUUAAGCUGCUUCUAUCAAGAGAUAUCGUUCCUGCGGAACUUGAUGAUAUCAUAAAAGCAGAAUGUGUUAUCGACUUUAUCGCUAAUGAAGUUUCCAAGCGAAUAGUCUCUCGUAAUAACGUGAUUGUCUAUAAUAUACCUGCCAGGAUCACCAUUAAAACUGUAAGGAAUUCGAUAUUAAAAGCAUAUAACUUUCAAGACAGUCCAUGCCAACGCAUUCGACUUAAUAAAAAGCACCAGAAAUACUCGUGCCCGGUCAUGUUCAGAUUAGACUCGCAUAUAUUAGCUGAACAGUUAAAAGAACCCGAGCGGCUAAUCUGCGCGCUUACGAAAUUUAGGAACGCUCUUAUAGUCCCAGAUAAGACCACCAAUCAAAGGCUUACGCAGAAACUUACCUUGGACGAAAAUAAAGGUGUUGGGGUCACAGCAAACCACGAUGCAUCAGCUGCUGGAUCCACUGAUGCAGCUACCCUAUCUCAUGCUCUCCAGUACUCUGAUAUACCAACGAAAAGUGCUAAUUUGCCUGUUAUGUCUGUAGUGACAUAUGAUAGCCAAUGUACAUCUAAUGACGACACUAACCCGAUAUUUUUCAGUUUACCAUUAGAAGCUCAUAAGCAAAUACUUACUUCUAAUGAGAAAGCUCUUAAAAACACUGUCAAUAUUAAAACUUCUAUGCCAUAUAAGAAGAAUGUAAGUACAGAACCUUCUGGUUCUAGACCCAAUAUCAAAAAUAUUACGAUGACCCCACCAAAUAAAAAUAAGACUGUACUUCCCGACACCAUGAUUUACCUUACGCAUCGUAGGGAAGGUUAUAAGGGUAGACUUGACUCAAAUGUCUCACAAGAUGGCCACUGCAAUCAUUGCGUAAGCAGGCAUAAUAUUGGACAGACCACAAUGAACCAACGCACCCUACGGUUAUCCUCAAACGUUUUAAAUAAUAAACCUGUAAGACGUAACUUUCCUCAACACUUUCCCAUUGGGCAAGAUGGAUUACUAGGUUACUCACCAUCAACCCAACCCCAACUGGCAGGUGCCUGUCUUAACUGUCCGCCUAGUCAAGUUCAAAAAAUUAAUCCACUUUAUCAAAAUAAUGAUUUUAUUGGCCUUCAGAAAUUCCUGGUCCCACUAGCAAUACAGUUUGUUCAAGCGAUAGCCCAUACGAUCAGUCAAACAUAAUAAACCACAGUCUAUGCAAAUCCAAACUACAUAACAUCAAUAGGGAAGCUCUCGGUUUUUUUAAACUCCACACUCCCUUUUUAAACUUAUUACUUAUCAAUGCACGUUCACUUCUGAACAAAAUUUCAGCCUUGAGAACAUUAGCUUUUCUAGCCAAGCCUUCUUUUAUACUUAUCACUGAAACAUGGUGCUCUCAAGCAGUAUCUGAUUCAGAAUUAAACAUCCAGAACUAUCGACUCUAUCUCUGCGACAGAGAAACUAAGCGAGGUGGUGGUUGCAUUAUAUAUGCUUUGGAUACCCUAACAACUAAUAAAGUUGAAGAUAGUGUUCUGAAUGGUUUACCAGGAUCAGUCUGGAUAUCAGUCAAUACUCUGAAUCAUAGUCUACUCCUUGGAUGUAUAUACAGGGCUCCUGAUAGUUCGAAUAAUGGGAAUGAUAUUAUUAUCAAUGCAUUCAUACAUGCAUCCUCUCUCAACUUUGCUAAGGUUAUCACUGGGGAUUUCAAUUAUCAUGGAAUCAACUGGAGUACCGGUAGUUGUCAGUCAUGUAAUGAUGAGUUCUCGGCAACCAUUAACAUGCACUGCUGGUCACAGUGGGUUCGUACCCCAACUAGAGGCAAUAGUAUACUCAGUAGUAUUUUCGCGAAUAAUGUAGAAAUCAUAAAUGGUUCUGCUUCAAGAGUUAUGUGCGUGGCUAGCAACUCAGUAAAAUCUAUCUCCUUCAUAUGCAUGAAAAUUAAUAAGGCUAUAAAUACCCUUAAGCUUUCGAGAGGUCAUGGAGUAGACGGUAUUUCAUCCUUUCUCUACAAAUAUGGUGGUCCAGAUAUUCCACUUCUUCUUCUAAAGCUGUUUACUCUCUCUAUGGAAACCGGUUCUUACCCUUACUGUUGGAAAACCGCGUACAUCAUACCACGUUACAAAUCUGGAGAUAAAACUGACAUGAAUAAUUACCGGUCAAUAAAUAUUACUCCAGUUAUUUCUAGGAUUAUGGAAAAAGUUAUAAGUGAUGAAUUUUCCAACUAUUUACUUGCUGGAAAAUUUAUCAAUGAUACUCAACAUGGAUUUCUUAAAAAUCGUUCUUGCAUGACAUGUCAUUCCGACUUCUUUAAUUUAGUCUAUUCUCUACGUAGCCAAGGAUAUCUAGUCUUAGUGCUAUAUCUGGACAUUUCUAAAGCCUUUGACAUGGUUAGCCACCAACUUCUUAUGGGUAAACUCGCGUCCUAUGGGGUUCAAAAUCCUUUGCUUGCUUGGUUUGAUUCCUUUCUCAGAAAUCGACAUCAAAUAGUUAAAAUUAACUCUUCAUUGUCUAACGCUGUCCCUGUUAGAAGUGGUGUAAUACAAAGUAGUGUCUUAGGUCCUUUGCUCUUUUUAGUGUUUAUCAAUGAUAUUUGUGAAAGUUUUUGUGUCGGUGAGCCCCUUCUAUAUGCAGAUGAUCUUAAAGUAGUAUAUUCAUUUUCUCCACAUGAGCUGAAAAGUAUGCAAAAUUGCAUCAGCAUGGAGCUUAACAAGGUAGCACAGUGGUGCUUAAACUAGCAACUGGAGCUUUAUACGGCUAAAUGUGAAUGGAUAUACUUCGGCGAUACAUCACUUAACCUAGAGCUUGCCAUAAAUGAAGAAGUGUUAUCUAGGUUACAUACAGUAGUAGACUUAGGACUUAGAUACUCCCAAGACUUAUCGUUUACAGAACAGAUAUUAAAACAGACCUCUAAGUCUCAACGUCUGAUAGGUUACAUCACUUGAAACCUUUACAACAAUUAAUCACGUAUUCUAAUGUGCAGAGCUUGUGCUCGACCUCUUCUAGAAUACUGCACGUUUAUUCUUAGCAGUACACGAAUAAAGGAUAAAUUAAAGCUGGAAUCAGUACAGAGACGAUUUACACUUCGUACUAUUGGUGCUGAUUGCACCUUAACUUAUAAUUCUAGACGUAAUAAACUUAGGCCAGAACCUUUAUGGAAGAGAAAACCGAAAUUUAAUCUUGUCCUUUGUCUUCAAACUACUUCGUAAACUAUCGUUUACAUCCAAUCACGCGAUUCAAUAUGCAGAAACUUCUCAUUAUGACAUCCGUAAUUCCUUGGCACUAGUGAAACAAACUCAUUCUAAAUCAUCUCUUUAUAUGAAUUACUUCACCUGUAAAUUUUCUAGACUCUGGAAUAACCUACCACAAUCUAUCCGCACGAUAAAAUCACUCCCAUUAUUUGUUCGCUGCAUCGAUGCAUACUGCUCCUCUGAAAAUGCAUUGAAUGGUCUAGCACUUACAAGUGUAUCUCAUUCCACAAGUGAUAUUUUAGGAACUUUAAAUGUUUAGCCAUCUUUAUUAGUGAAUCCCCUAAGUAAAACCACCCAUUUGCUGUCAAUAUGUUAACACCGUCCCUAGCAAGUUUAACUAAUUUGGAUAACAUAAACAGUAUAUCACUGUGUCACAUGACACACGCAUUGAGGUAGACCUGAUUCACAUAUUUUGUUAAUUACUGCUUUGCUGUUCCGUGCUCUGUGUUUUCGUUUUAAUUUCUCUAGUUGUAGAUAAUUAUCAUUAAUUCGAUCUGGCACACGAAUUGACUUUAAUUACUCCGUUAAUAAAUCAACAGGCUGUCCAUUUAUGAAAUAUUAAAAAUUCCCGGCUGAUGCAUUGGAUCACUGUAAUACAUGUACUAACUAAACAAUUACUGAACUUGUAUACUUAAAACGUUCUUCUAUCACGUGUUUGUUCUGUACAUCUAAUGUUCCUCUUUAUAUCAAAUUGAUCAUGACUGUAAACUGGCGUGAAUUCUGUAAUUAUUAUUUUCAGAAUAUAAAUUAUUAUUAUUAACAUUCACUAUAAACAAGAUUAUUCGCAAGAUUUGUUUGCUGCUAUGGUCAGCAUUUUGACCAAAAAAUUACCACGAGUGAUUUCUCGCAAUCAAGAAAUAGGACUUCUGUUGUAUGCCAUUACGUUUGCUUAUACUUAAAAACCUGAAGAGUGUGCAUUUAGUUGAUACAUUCACAUUCAAGUCUAAAACCAGUCCAACCUCUUAAGUCUUCCCCAUCAAGAUCAAAAUUUUGUCAUCAUACGGACACAGAGGCUUGUAUUUUCGUUACUAUACUGGUUGAACCGAUUCUUAUGACAGGAUAUUAAACCCGUCAUGUAAAGUGUUACGGUCAGCUAUCAAAGCAAGUCAGAUAAGAUGACGUCCGACUAUCAAACUUCAACCAGUGGCUAUAUUAGCUUCUAAAACUGUAUCACUGCUGUGAAAGAUAUCCAAGUUUAGUAGAGACGAGCUUGCUGCCCUCUUUAAAUUUUUACGGGUCAGAUUUUUCAGAUCCACUGAGAGUUGAGUAGAUUUUUGUGUAAUCAGAGGUCAGACCAAUCGUUACCACAGAUAGUUUAUCCGUCAGUCCGUGUGCUAGUAAUUGUUUAUUCAUCUUCCAAGAUUACCUGGAGUCUCUGUCACUCUUUAUUGCUCUCUGGACCUCUCACGAUAAGGUUUCUGAUACCUAUCAACUCAGUAGAUCACACAAAAAUUAUUUGAUCUUAACUGAAUUUCUUAAUAACUUUCAUUGUAGGUGUCACUGAUAUAUUUAUAGUUGUUUAGAGGUGUUUGCAAACAUCUAUAUCAUUAGCUACUUCUCAAUGAAGCUUAAAUUGUUCUCCCUUGAAUGAACUAAAUUACUUAACCUAUAAUACUCGUUGUUGUAGACAAAUAAUAGUUGAUUUUAUUGUUUGAAUUUAUUUGUUGAAGAUGGUUCUGAAUAACAUAAAAGGUUACCUGUUUACACAUGAAUUCAAGUGUAAUGUGCGUUGUUGAUACGUUUGUUUUUUUUAAUAGGAAACCAGAAGAAUGAACGAAACUUCAACCAAACAAAAUAUUGUUCUCAAACUGUUUUAAUAAAAAUUCUGUCAACUUUUUCAUUAACUGAAAAACCGAAAAACAGUAUCAAUGUUCAUUUUAUUCCAGUGUCUUUUCGCUAAAAUAACGUUGUGCAUUGCAUUGACAGAUUUUGCGACAGUUCAAAUUAUUGGCAAAGAUGGACAAUGUCUAGCUGUGAAAUCCUGUUUAAAGAGCGUUUCAUACUAAUUGGGACACAUCAGCUUGAUGUACCUGCAUCUCAGGAUUGAUUUUUACCCUGCGAUUUGAUCACAGAAUCGUUCGCUUCAAUCGUCAUCGCGUUAUCUACUAAGCUGCUGAGUUCUGACGGCUACUUGCUUGUGCAAUAGAUUUCUAUUCAUCAGUUUUAUUCUGAAGUAUUACAAUCGCUUAUAAUUGUGUUGUGUAAAGCGAUAAUCAAUAAAUUACUUCCUAAUUAUAAUAAAUUAUCGAACAAAACAAUUAAUUUAGCCGGAUCUGUUUUGAGAUGGUAACUCACCGAAGACAAUGAUGGACGGUGGCGCAAUUUUGUGAAUUGACCAACGUUAGACAUUAACACCGCUGCAUAUCGGCUCAGUGGUUUGUAGGUUAAGCGCUCGCGCGUCACACCGAAGCGUGCUUCCAGGUUUCCCAUGGACUCAUGAUGUCGACUGCUGAAAUUAAUACAAUUCACUUUAUGAAAUAUGUGUUCUCAGUAAUUUCAUAUCUCAAUCAACAAUAAUUAAUAGAAUUAAUUACUGUAAAACAUCUGGAUUCUUUAGGUCAAUAGAAUAAAAAAGUACAAAUAUCUGAAUGAUACGAUAAACUUAAUGAAAAGUGUAAAAUUAACUUAUUUAUCAUAGCGUUCAACAAUCACACCAAUUGUAGGACACAAUACGUUAUGGGCGCAAACAUAAUUGGGGACAAUCAGUUCUUUUAAUCAAUUUAAAAAUCAUAUAUUCAGUACUUCAUAUGUAAAUCUUCCAUCAGUUGUCUUAAGUUUCAUGGUUCCUUUAUUGAUACAAUAAUUACUCUCUGUUCCCGUUCUUUUUGAUUCGAUCAACUCAAUCAUCUGCUUCCAGGUUUGUCAUUUCUGAUUAGUGUUACUUACCUACUUACGCCUGUUACUCUUCAUCAAGGAGCAUAGGCUAACCACCAGCACUCUGCAUUCAACCCUAUCUCAAGCAAUCCUUUCCAGCUACUUCCAGUUGUUAUUCAAUUUUUUUCAUAUCGGCUUCUAUUUCUCGACGUAAUGUGUUCUUUGGCCUUCCACGUUCCCACUCCCCUUCAGAAUUUCAAGUUAGGGCUUACCUCGUUCGGUUAUCACAAACCAAACAUUGAAUCAUAGCUUUAAUUGAUCAUUAUCGUAAUCAUUUCAAUAUUUUUUUUGAAAUGUUUGCUUGAAUGUUAACUUCAACAUUUGAUCAAGUUAUUUAUGUAGUUAAUCAUUGGUUAAGUCAUUUUGUUCUUUAUAUUACAGUACUCUUUCUGUUAUAUUUACAAUGAAUAAGAAUAACUAAAGCAAACUAAUAACUUUAUUUUUAGAAUAAAGUUGGAUAAUAACUUGUCAUGUUAUCCGAGGAAGUGAGUUUAGUUCUGUCUGGGACUCAUCAGAUAAACAUGACUUCAUUUUAGUGUUUAUUGAACACGUUGUGUACGUUUUCUAUUUCAAAAAAUCCCCGUCGCCAAUUUGUUGUGUCUUUAUGACUUGCUAGUCAUCACAUAAUUUAUUUGCCAA